AUGACACGCAACUCUGGGUAUGCCAGAGUGGGCGCGGAGGCUGCGCGGGGUGACAGUGCUAAUAAUCCUCGACACGAUGGUGUGGGCGUGGAUACCCUGCCUGGCGAGAGCGCUCAUAUUGCCCGGAACGAGGGAGCAGGUGCGGAGGCCACUGGAGCCUACAGGACAGAUGAUGGCGUGGCAGCUUUGCAAGGGGAAGGGACUGAAGAUGAUAGGGAUCCAGGUGAAAACGCUGGCUUUCCGGACAAGAAUUUGGAGCAGAGAUUCCGCCAGCCUUCAAACCAAAAGAUGAAAAUAAUGCCAAAAUCCGGUACAUCGGAGUUAUACGUGGAGCAGAAGCCCUCUCGACGUCCUGCAAAGCCCGCAAGCAAGCCUGACAAUGAGAAGUUGGCAGAUAUGCUAGCCCAGAUUUUCUCCUUGGCCGUGGCGGAGAAUGAGUUAGGCCUAGGAUCUAUCCGUGCUAAAACAUAUGGACAUGUGGACGAAAGACUGAAGAGGCACGACGAUAUCUCCAAGAGCGUCCGAGAGCGAGGGCUCUCUGCUGAAGACCUGAUCAAAAACGAAUACAACAAUCCGACAAAAGGCUCAGACCCGGAUUGUCAUGUCGCGAUAUUUCUGGACAAGACACCACAAGUCAAAGUCGGGAAUUUGGUGCAAUCUCUGCACAAUCACCCUCUGGAGACCGGAACUUACAAUUCUACGGACCUAGCCAAUCAGAUUGUGGAUGGGACAGUCAAAAAUCAGUGGUUUGGAUACGACCUCCGACAGAGAUGCGUGGAUCUUGUCAAGCACGCCCCACAUUUUUGGCUUGGGAAUGCUGCUACCGACGCGAUCCUUGCCUUGAUGAUGGAAUACGAAGAUAUCAGAUCUGCGCUAAAUCUUUAGUCUGAGGUUGAAAAGACGUCCCAAAAAAUAGCACACUAGAAGGAAGAGAAGCGGACUAAUUUCUUCAAAAAAGCUAGAAUCUCAGAAACAGAGUCAGAGUUGGAAAUCUGGAACGAGCUGGAAAAGAGGCUUAUUAAGCGCCAGCGCUAAGAACUUCGGUCUUUCGCAUUGAUUGCGUCCGCUUUGUUUUCGUGGAAGCCUUGUUCCAAUCAGUAAGGACGA